GGUAAGCGGCGGUUCGCCGGAACUUCCCGGGCAACCAGUUUGUGGCGGUUAAAUCGACUCCUAAGGCUGCAUCUUCCCGUCCGAGGCCGUACCUCUUAGCCUCUUAGCGCCACUCAGAAUGGAGAUGCCACCCGGAGAGCAAGCGGCCACCGAGCCCCCGGACUCCGGAGCCGGAGGCGGGGAAGGCAGGCCACCACAGGUCGCUGGCGCCCAAGAGACUCGUGCCGAAGACCGCCUGACCCUGCUGCUCAGGCUGAGAGCACAGACUAAACAACAACUCUUGGAAUAUAAAUCAAUGGUUGAUGCAAGUGAAGAAAAAACUCCAGAACAAGUCAUGCAAGAUAAGCAAAUUGAAGCUAAAAUUGAAGAGCUGGAAAAUGAAAUUGAAGAGGUGAAAACUGCAUUUGAAAUGAAAAAGCUUACAAUAGACAGGAUACAACUUUCGACUGCACUUAGUAAAAACCUGGAGAAAAUUAACCCCCAGACUAGUGUGCUUAUGGAUAACAUGAAACACAUAUUAAAGCUAAACAAAUUAAUAAUGAAAUCACAGCAGGAAUCUUGGGAUUUGGAGGAAAAACUGCUUGAUGUUAGAAAGAAGAGAUUACAAUUAAAACAAGCUUCAGAAAGUAAGCUUUUAGAAAUACAGACCGAAAAGAACAAACAGAAAGAUGAUUUGGCAAUUAUGGAAAAUUCAGACAAGAUAAAGGCCAUUAAACAAAACCUACAGAUGGAGAUACAAAUUACUACAGUCAUUCAACAUAUGUUCCAGAACCUCAUUCUAGGAAGUAAAGCCAACUGGGCAGAGGAUCCUGCACUUAAGGAAACUGUUCUACAGCUUGAGAAGAACCUCACCAUGAUCUAAUAAGAAUUCUGUUUUGUUAUUUUUUGUUCCCAUCUUUUGUAUCAUUUAGAUAGCAUAUUUCAAGUAAUUUUUUUAGUGUUGUUGAAACUAUUUUAAUACUGCAAAUUUUUUGUAACUUAACACUCUGUAACAUGGAAUCUCUUGUUUUAAAUAUAAUUAUAGUGCCUGGCAUACUUCAAAAGAAUCUGAAGAUUUUAGCCUUGCAAGGUUCCCAAAAGAUAUCUAAUCUAGCUUACCACUGAAUGUGUACUUUUGUUUUACAGCAUUCCUGGCAAUCCCAGCUCUCAUUUGGAGUGCUUUUUCAUCCUUCCUUCUUUUCUUUUCUUUCUUUUUUUCUUUCUUUGUAGUUUCAAGUUUUUAUUUAAAUCCUAGUUAGUUAACACAACAGUGUAACUAACAGUUAAUAACAGUGUAAUAUUUUUCAGGAGUAAAAUUUAUCAUUUACAUACAACAUCCAAUGUUCAUCACAAGGGCCCACUUUAAUACUCAUUACCUUAACCCAUCCUCCCUACCACCAUCAUUUGGAAUACUUCUGUGCAUUUGUCAGUCAACUAAAAUUAGAAAAGGAUAUCCACUUCUUGGUUUUUUCCUAACUAUAGAGUUCUAUUUUGUUCAAAUAAAUCUCAUUUUAUAUUUAUCUCCCCACA